ACAUAGUUUGACCAUUGGAGGGUGCAUGAGCCAAUAGCCAUGUCUACCCCACUCUGAUAUUUUCCAGAUGAAACCGCAAGCCAAAGCAGGCUCUUUUUGAAGAGAAGGAAAAGGCUAGAGAACCAUCCUUUUCUUCUCUCCCUCCGGCCCCUCCUUUUCACACUCUCUCUUUCUGUUAUCCUUUUGUUUUUCACUUGUGAAAACCCUAACACAUUACACAGGACCAAAAUCUCAAGAAGCAAUCCAAAGUCACAACUCACAACUCAACCCACACCUUCUCUCUGCAAACUGCAACUAUUAAAUAUACCCUUCUUCACGUAUACUCACUCGAUCACACUGUACGGGUCCAAGACGUGUGGGUUUGUGUUGCUAGUACACUCUAUCUUUUUCUUUCUUUCUAUCUUUCUCCCAUAACCAUAACCACAAAUACCCUCUAAAGCAAAUCUCUCUCUCCCUCACGUCUUGCCAUUUUGAGCACUCAUGGAUUCGGGAAACAGUGGGAGCAUGCAAUCCUCCAGCACCGGCGGUGACGAAGAGUACGAUUCACGCGCCGACACCUCAACAAUCUCCGCCUUCCUCAACAACAAUAAUGUUCCACCGCCGCAACCAACCACAACGUUUGCACCCUUCACCCACCACGUCUUGGACCCUUUGUCUUCCAAUUACUCCGAUCCCACGCAAAGAUCGCACAUGCUGUGGUCCAACGUUUCCAGAUCCCAACCCCAUCCCCCCCACAACAACCAACCUUUUCUGUUAACUCAAUUCGGAGGUCAAACUCAACCACGAGGAACCCUCAACAACGUUGGUGUUGGUGUUGGUGUUGAUGGUGAUGGUGAUGGUGCUCAUGCUUUUCACACCACCACCAGUACUCUCCCUCCAGAAAGUGAUGAACAAAACAGUACCAACACCAACACAAACAGUAACAUGGUUCGAAACCCGAAGAAGAGGUCAAGAGCUUCUAGGCGUGCACCUACCACUGUUCUUACUACGGACACCACAAAUUUCCGAGCCAUGGUUCAGGAAUUCACUGGCAUACCAGCACCACCUUUCACUUCCUCACCUUUCCCGAGAACCAGGUUAGAUCUCUUUGCCUCUUCUUCUUCAACCAUAAGAUCCACUUCCACUCAUAAUUUAGAUCCUUCAACGCCUCCUUAUCUUCUUCGGCCCUUUGCGCACAAAGUUCAAUCUCAACCCUCUUCAAUCCCACCCAUGUUAGACACCUUAGCUUCUAACAUUUCAAACAAUAAUACCUACCACCCUUUGAACAUGCACAACCCAAUUCUGAGCCUGCUACAGCCACCCCCAAAGUACCCUCAACAACCCUCCUUGGAAAUACCGCAAAGUGGUGUUGGGUUUGAAGAAUUAGGAUUGAGCCAUGCGCACGUUGGUAAUGCUGCUCAGCAUCAUGAUCAUCACAACAUCCAUAACAACAUGCGUGCUCCUUCUUCUGAGGCCUGGGCCCAGGCCCAGGCCCAGGCCCAAAGAAUCGGAAACAAUGAUGGAGGAGUUUUGAGGUCUCUUGGUGGCGGUGGCACUCUAAACGGAAAGGUUAACUACUCAUCGGAUUUUCAUGGAGAAAAGGGACCCGAUUGUGCUGUGGCUGCGAGAAGCGAAGGUAUGGUUGAAUCGUGGAUUAAUUGUUCUUCUGAUUAAGAAGAGAACCAUCAAAUGGGAAAAGAAUAUGAACAAAAAAAAAAGGUGAAAUUUCAACUCAUGGUAGUACAAUGCAUGAGAGACAGAAUCUUGGUAUCCACUACAGCUUAACCAUGACCAUCCAAUUAAUUGAAAACUUUUUUUUUUUUUUGGAAGAAAAAAAUCUUGGGUUCUUUGGGUGCAGUAUUAGAAUUAUGCGUAAAUAAGUAGCAGCUAUCUUGUCUUUUUUAUUAUUUGUUUUCUCAAUUGGGCUUUUGAUGAAUAUUAUAUAUAUAUACAGCCAUAUACGAAAGAAUCCUUGGAGAGGUUUCGUUUCGACGUUUGUUUCAUAAUUUGUGUCUCUAUCUAUAGCUACACAAUGGCAAAAGAGUUUGUUUGGUGUCACUGUAUAUGGAUUUUGGUUUUGACUUGUGUGAAAUUACGGUUCAGAGAAUGUACAAUGUGCAGCAUAGGUUGAAGAACACAGACAAAACUGUAUGUAUCCUCUCUUUUCAUGUUUUUGUCGCACCUUAUAUUCUGAUUUUACCUCUAAUGUUUGUUUGCCAUUUUGUCUGUUU